AUAUGGUUGUGGUAUCCUAUAGUGUCCACUAGGGGGAGCCAGAGUGUUGAAAAUCAAAUCGAGUGCAUUGCAAUUAAUUAAUUUUUGGAAAACACUCUACUGUUUUUUUAUUACAUCAGUUGAGUGAUCAUGUCAGUCAAGGACAAAGUAUGAAAAAUUAAAGGAUUGGUCAUGAUGAAGUGCCAUUGCCAGUUCUAGCGCAACUUACAUUGCAUUCAAGCUACGCAAUUUUGUGUGUUGGAAUCAAACCCACAACCUAUGCGCUGCUCACGCAAUGCUCUACCAAUUGAGCUCCAGGAAUCGUUUUUUGUGUUGGUCUGUGUGAGGGUGGGUUCAGUACAGUUCACACGUGGUUGCGUCCCACCAGACAGCCCCGCCUCUCUCUUUACAAACACACAACACCUUCCUCCUCCCUUUAUUUCCUCCAUGUCUUUCGUUCUCAUUCCUCACUCCUGAAGUGGACUCCAGAUCAGCAGAGAGAGGGGGAGACUUGCUUAUGGUUUUGCACGUUAUGGCUCAGUCACAGAGCUGCUCUCAAAACAUGGGCACUUAUUACUCCCUCGUACGUAGGAGAUUUAAGAGAAGACGCAAAAAACGAUCCGAGCGCAAAGGGAUUAUCAGCAAAGCCAUGAAUGAAGGAGCUGGUGGGCGGCCCAGAGGGCAGCAGAAGUUCUUCGGGCUGGAUGGAGAUGAGGAGGAACACAUGAGUUCGUGUCGCAUGGACGUUAAAGAAAACCGCAACCUGGACAACCUCUCCUCGAAAGAGGGGCAUCGCAUAGCCAAUGGGAGCGCUCGGGGAUUAGGCAGGAAACGCCCUCUGGAAGAGGGCAACAGAGGUCACGGGCACUCCAAAUUCCGCCCCAAGAAACGCAGGAAACCUCAAGGGCCGGUCUUGCCCAAGAACGCUCUCAUGCAGCUUAACGAAAUCAAACCGGGACUGCAAUACAAGCUGAUGUCACAGACGGGUCCCGUGCACGCGCCCGUCUUCAUUAUGACCAUCGAAGUUAACGGACAGUUGUUCGAAGGCUCGGGGCCGACUAAGAAGAAAGCCAAACUGAACGCUGCUGAAAAAGCGCUACGUUCUUUUGUUCAGUUUCCUAACGCGUCUGAAGCUCACCUCGCCAUGGGUCGUACGCUAACGGUCAACGCGGACUUUACGUCAGACCAGGCGGAUUUCCCAGACAUGCUGUUUAAUGGAUUUGAAACUCCAACGCCACCAGAUGACCUGUUCUACUUGAGUCUGAGCAGCAAUGGAGCUCUCCACGCCAUAAACGAAUAUCCGCUUGCCGUGACCCUUAACAACAACAACAACAGACUGGCGAGUCAAACCCUCGCACCGCCUGCGCCUCUAACAGCACCCCCUACAGGCAGUGGCAAAAACGCAGUGAUGAUCUUAAACGAGCUUCGGCCGGGACUGAAGUACGAGUUUGUGGCGGAGAGCGGCGAGAGCCACGCUAAGAACUUUGUGAUGUCGGUCACCGUGGAUACAAAAAGCUUUCAAGGUUCCGGGAGGAAUAAGAAGCUGGCGAAGGCGAGGGCGGCCCAGGCGGCGUUAUCGGGACUGUUUAACAUGCAGCUAGACCAGACACCAUCUCGGCAGCCAAUCCCAAGGGAGGGACUGCAGCUACACCUGCCUCAGGUACUCGCGGACGCCGUCUCUCGUUUAGUUGUGGAAAAGUUCAGCGAGCUGACGGACAACUUCAGCUCCCCGCACGCACGGCGAAAAGUCCUGGCAGGCGUCGUCAUGACAACUGGCACGGAUGUGAAGGAUGCUCAGGUGAUUUGCGUUUCCACGGGAACCAAGUGUAUAAAUGGAGAGUACAUGAGCGAUAGGGGUCUGGCCCUCAACGACUGCCAUGCCGAGAUCAUCGCACGGCGAUCGCUCAUCAGGUACCUCUACGGUCAGCUGGAGUACUUUCUUAGCGACAGACCCGAGGAGCAUGAGAAAUCCAUAUUCAGAUGGUGCAGCCAACGCGGCUACCGGCUAAAAGACAACAUUCAGUUUCAUCUGUAUAUCAGCACAUCACCCUGCGGAGACGCUCGGAUCUUCUCACCCCACGAGGCUGGCGCUGAGGACCAGGGUGACCGGCAUCCAAACCGCAAGGCCCGAGGACAGCUGCGGACCAAGAUCGAGUCCGGAGAGGGAACGAUACCGGUUCGUACGAGUAACACUAUUCAGACCUGGGAUGGAGUCCUGCAGGGAGAGAGACUGCUAACUAUGUCGUGCAGCGACAAGAUCGCAAGAUGGAACGUGAUCGGAGUGCAGGGGUCUCUAUUGAGCUAUUUCACCGAACCCAUCUACUUCUCCAGUUUAAUUCUGGGCAGCUUGUACCACGCCGACCACCUGUCCAGAGCCAUGUACCAACGGAUCGCUGAUAUUGAUGACCUGCCCCAGCCUUUCCACGUCAACAAACCCCUGCUUAGUGGCAUCAGUAACACCGAAGCGAGGCAACCUGGAAAAGCUCCCAACUUUAGCGUCAACUGGACGGUUGGUGAUCCGGGUUUGGAGAUCAUUAACGCCACCACAGGGAAAGACGACCUCGGGCGACCGUCACACCUCUGUAAACAUACCCUGUACAGUCGAUGGGUCUGUCUGCAUGCCAAGCUCACUGAGACUUUAAGGAUACAAGGAUCUCGGCCGACCUCAUACCACGAGGCAAAGCAGGCGGCCCUGGAGUAUCACACAGCCAAACAAAAUCUCUUCAAAGCGUUCUAUAAAGCAGGACUGGGCGCGUGGGUAGAUAAACCCAUCGAACAAGACCAGUUUUCCCUCAACCCCUGAGAGAGAAAAUGAUUGAUGGCUAGUGACUUUCAUACAUUUACAUGGGCCAUACCGUCGCCCUUCAUUAUUAUUGCAAGUCACUCUGAUAAUAUCCUGUUUUUAAUGACACGGUAAGCUUCUUUUAAAAAUGUCUUGAUUCAAAAUGACCAAUAAACCCUUUUCUGGGUUAAACUAACCCUGCAAGGUGGGUUGCAAAUUUUACCCAAAUGCUAUUUUAUACUUGUAGAACGGCUAUUUAAUUUAUUAUAAAUACAUUGCUGUAAGAUGUUAUUAUAUAAAGAUUAAAUUACGGGGUGGUUUCCCAGACAGGGACUAUCUUAAACCAGGACUAGGCCUAUUUAAGUCAUUUUCAAAUACAUUUCUAAACAUUAUUGUGUGCAUCUUGAGACAAAAACAAUCACACUUUAUGAUAUUUAAGAUACGUCAGUGCAAGUUGUUUUCGAUCAAGACAUAUUUCACAUUUGAGUUAGUCUGGAACUAGGCUUAAGCCCUCCUCGGGUAACCGCCCCCAAAAUGAUGGAAAAUAAGCAUACGCCAUAACAUACAAUUGAAAAAAGAUGUACUGUUAAAAAAAUGGUUGGGUAAAAUAUGGACAAACCCAACUGUUGGUUUAAAUUGAAGUAGAUAACCAUAUUUGACCCGACCAUGGGUUGAACCAACCCAGCAUUUUGUAGAGUUUAAGAUUAGACUAAAAAAGGAUUUUAAAAAAGUGUUUAUUUAAAACAUUUAUUUAAUUUUUACUAUGAAUUUUAUAACGCAACCACGUUUAAAUUCAGUAGUAUUUCAUGUACAUUUUUUAUGUUCUUCCUUGUCACAUAAUUGUUAGUUUCAUGUUAAGAAUGCAUUUGGUUACCAACCAAUAAAAACAGCAUCUUUUUCCCUGCAUGAAUCCAAAACAUAUGUGGAAGAUUUCUGACCAAAAAACAAAAAACAGAACAUGAACACGUUUUCAAAAACAUCUGUUUGCAUGGUUUAGACGUUAUUAAGUCAAUGUUUUGCUUAAAGGAAAAGUUCAUCUCAAAAUCAAAAUUGUGUUAUUUUUUACUCACCCACAUGACGUUCAACAUGUUUUGAGACCUCCCGAUGUCUUCAGAACACAAAUAAAGAUAUUUUAGAUGACAUCCAAGAGAUUUGCAGGCCUCAUAGACAUCAUGGUUAUAGUUGCUGUCAAGGUCCAUAAAAGUACUAAAGACAUCAUUAAAUUGGUUCAUCCACUCAUAGUGGCUCAAUUGAAUUUUUUUUAAAUGACGACAACUUUAUGUGAGAAAAACAAACACAAAAAACGUCUUUAAUCGAUAUAUUCUCUUCUGUCUUGUCAGUCUAUGGUGCGCGUUCACGAGAGCACUUCGGCGCAUUCGGUGGGGGCAGACGGCUCUCACUAAAUCCUUGAUGUUUCGAGUCAGAUCCGUGGGCGUGGCUUGUUGGUUUUGACUAAAUCCUUGGUGUUUCAAGCCUGACGAAACCUUUACCCACACCCUAACCCUACUCUAACCAUCUAAACUACCUAUGAUUGUUAAAAUCGCCAAAAAACACUGUUGCGUGAUGACGUCAGACUCGAAACAGCCAGGGGCAGACGCCGGCGUCCUGACUGACAACCCGGAAGCGCAACUCCGUGUUUACAAGCAGACGCACGCUGUAUAUAAGCUGAUCUUAGCUAAAUGUUUGAUGAUUUCGAUAUUGAGGAAGACUUGCACUUUUUUGCCCAACCGUACAAACCGCUUGCGUCGAAGUGCUCUCGUGACAAACCCUGCAUGAGAAGAAAUCUUCAAGAAAAUAAAACUCUUACAAUAUGAUUGUGGUUUAUGUCAUUCACUAACUCUUAUCAGUAUCCGACUCGAUAUGCCAUCCAAACGUUCACUG